CUAUCAUACAGUUUUUGGGUUUCGGGGCGUCACAUCGUGUGCUUUUCAGACUUCAGUGCGGUCCGCAACUCAAAUCAUACCUACCCAUCUCAACCAUGAACUCCUUGAGGAUAUGUCUUUGCCUGUUCUUGACCGUCGGCUUUGCAUGGAGCUUGCCAUCCGGCAUGGACUCCCAGUCCGUCGGCCACAACUCCAUCCAAGCCAAAGAGGACUUAUUGGACGGCAUCUACAACGACUGCAUUAACAAAGGUUCCGUGUCAUGCAUCAAAUACAAAUUGUUCGCUUACGUUGACAAGGCUUUGAACAAGGAUGAAAUCAACCUGACCGAGGGUGUGACUGUGGUCAGAUCUGCCGGAAGUCCAGGAGACGGUGCCCCACGGUCAUUAUCAUUGGACGGCAGUGCAGACCAACCCAAGGACAUGGAAUCUCUGGUCGUCAAACGCGUAUUGCGUUACCUGAACGAACAUUCCAUUAAGGUCGACAUCAAGGGAGUUGACAUAGUCAACGCCGUUUCCAGAACUGGAAAGUCCAUCAGCGACACCGUCAACCAAUUGCUCGGAGACAACGAAGAAGAAGACUCCUCCGAAGAAAACCGUGGAAUCAAAAAGAAGAAGAAGAGCAAGCACGUCCUCCUCACACUYUUGACCCUGUUGAAGAUCAAACUCGCUGCCAUCCUGCCAUUCGCCAUCGGUAAGAUCGCCCUGAUCGCCGGUAAAGCCUUGCUGUUCGGUACCAUCGCACUGGUGCUUUCCCUGAUCGGAGUCCUGCAGAAGGUGCUCAGCAAACACCACGAGAAGACCGUCACCUACGAGGUGGUCCCACAACACCACCACGAAGUGCACGGYGGACACGACUCGUACGGCAGUGCUGGAGKCGCAGACAUCGCUUCCGGAGGAUACGGCGGUGGUUCGUCCAGYGGUGGAUGGGGACGCAGCGUCGACGCCCAACAGAUGGCCUACGGCGCCCAAGCACCGCAGACAUCCCAGUAAACGCCCACGCCAAACUAGAAGUCCUCGAGUUGACGACAGCUUAUACGACAACGCCAUCGCCGCAUUUGCCUACACCAUUACAUCGUGUCACAUCACCGGUAGUGCAGCUCACACACAACAACCCCGUCGACAAUCAAAGUUCAAUCGAGCCAUCGAAACGCGAGCUUCGCCACACGCAAAAGCUCACUAAACUUAUUUGUACAUUAUUUAUUUAUUAUUUAUAUAAUAUUUAUAUUGAUAUAUUUCAACAUUGUUUGAAACGUUCAUACUAUA